AUGCUGCAGGGAGCCUGCAUACAGUUUCGAGCCCUGAAAUGCUACGAUGCAAAUAGGCCCAGAAAGUCUUUGAGGGCCAUCAUGACCGCCCUGAGUGCCCUGCCUGAGCUCAGUCCACAGAAAUCCCCGGAGCGACUGGCGAAAGCGUCGAACAGUCCGGAGCCUCGCUCCGUGCGGUCAUCACCCAGUUCCUGCCACGCCGAAGCACGCGCUUUGCAAAGGGCGGAAGUGGUGGAACCGCGGCUUCGCCCAGAAAGGGACAAGGUGCGCUGCGAUGCCAACGGUGUGGUGAAGCUGUCACUGUCUGAGGUCACUUCCAAAGCGCUGAAGCAUCUUUUGACAGUGCUGCGUCGCGUGCCGGCUCCGGUGAACUCGCUUAGGCCGGAGCCCGGCCAGGCCGGGCACCGUCCCGCUGCUUACGCAGCGGUGCCCAAGGCCGCAAGAGUGCGACCGGGCUUGGUGGAGUUGCCGGUGGCACAACACCGCCAGAGCUUUUUAGAGGCAGUGACCCGCAACCCGGUGGUCAUUGUGCAAGGCGCUACUGGUUGUGGCAAGACGACUCAGCUCCCGCAAUACUUGCUGACCCAAGCGGCCGAGCAGCAGCAACCGUGUAGGAUUCUUGUGACGCAACCGCGGCGAGUCAGCUGUGUCAGCGUUGCCAAGCGAGUAGCUUACGAGCGGGACGAAGCCAUUGGACAAUGUGUGGGUUAUGCAAUUCGACAUGAGAGCCGUGGUGGUGACUCCACAUGUUUGACCUACUGCACACAGGGAGUGCUGUUGCGCUGGCUGGAAUCCGAUCCGGACCUGAAUGGCGUGACGCACAUCUUCGCAGACGAGGUGCACGAGCGAACGGUGGAGGGUGAUUUGCUCCUGCUGCUGCUCCAGCAGCUUUCGAAACGUCGCGGAAAAUCGCUGCGCAUCGUGGCUAUGUCAGCUACCUUGGACGCUGAAAGAUUGCGGCAAUAUUUUGAAGCCACACUUCUGAAGCUUCCAGGAAGGAUGUUUCCUGUGAAAACUCUAUUCCUGGAAGAUGCCUUAGAGAUGACAAAGCAUUUGGUGGAGCAGCAGCUUCCAAAUCGCCGUUCCUCCAGUCGCUACAGAGCAAGUACCAAGUACAGUGGAGCGCCAGACUGCAGUCAGCCAAAGCUGGAGGACCUCAGCAAUCAUGCAGUGCUGCAGCGUUACAGCCACAUGAGCAGCCAGACGCGCUCAGCCAUUUCUGCUAUGGAUCCUAAUGUGGUAAACUAUGAUUUGGCCGCAGAUGUCCUCAGAUACUUUCUAUCCCAAGAUCCACCACGGGGUCCUGACGGCCCACAGGACGCCAUUCUUGUGUUCCUCUCCGGCGCCCAGGAGAUUGAAAGGAUGCGUGCUGCGCUGUUGGAAGCGUGUCCAGAGCUGAAAAAGGACCCUGCAAACUCAUGGAUUCUCAACCUGCACAGCUCCUUGCAACACGAAGAUCAACAGUUGGUGUUUGAGAGACCACCUGCCGGAGUACGAAAGAUCAUUUUGGCAACCAACAUUGCCGAAACCAGCAUCACUAUUGACGACGUGGGUGUGGUCAUCGAUACAGGCCAUGUUAAGGAGCUCCGGUAUGACAGCGGUCGACGUCUUGCCAGCUUGCAGGAUGUCUUUGAAUGCCGGUCGAGUGCUCGGCAGCGUCGUGGACGUGCUGGACGUGUGGCACCAGGAGUUUGCGUGCAUUUGGUCACCAAGUACUGUCACGACCAGCUCAUGGAGGAACAUCAGGAACCUGAGGUGCGGCGAGUGCCUUUGGAAGAGCUUUUGUUGCGAGUCUAUGCCACAGGUCUACCAGAGGUCCUGAAUACCAGCGUCGAUGCCUGUCAAGCUCUGCUGGACCCUCCGGAUGCAGGUUCAGUUCGAAGUUCACUGCGUCAGUUGAGAAGGUUAGGAUUUCUCACCUCCGGGCAGCUCACCUUGCUGGGGCGCCGAGCGCGGCCCCUGCCCUUGGCACCGCAUCGGGCGAAGUUGGCAUUGCUGGGCACGGCCUUUGGACCACCGAUCUGUGAGGUGGCAGCAUGCGCUGCUGCCGCGUUGAAUGCUGCGAGUUGGCCCUUCUUCGGUGUCGGCGCUUGCAGCAGCAGUUUCGAUGGAAAUGGUAGAAGCGGCUCCCGCUUUGAGGCACGGCGAGUGCAUCGCCAGAUUGCCGAGGAGGUCUCAGGAGGCCUUGGUUGUUCCGACCUUCUUGACGUCCUGCGUGUCUUUGGCGAAUGGCAUGCCUUGGCCAAGGACGACAGGCGCCGUGGCGCCGCUGCGUGGCACUUGCGCAGCUCAGCGUUGGAGGAGAUCGAGGAGGCACGACUUCAGCUCUUGGACUUGCUCAAUGAAAAUCACCGAUCAAGGCCUGUGGCACUUGGGGGUGCAAAUGGAGAGUUGGCACCACUUCUUGUGGGGCUGCUGGCGGCUGCUUCCUUUCCGCAGAUCGCUCUGGCUAUUCCCAAGGAGACGCUCUCAUCGAGCAUGGGGACUGGGCCAGUCAUGUCGGAGCUCUUUGUGGAUCACAAGGGGAGCUGGGUUCCAGUGCAAGUUCAUCCUUCUUCCAUCUCGGCUAAAGAGAAGAUCUUUGGAACUCCCUUUGUUCUUUAUGAGGAGUUGACAGAGACUUCACGGCUCUACUUGCGUUGCAUCACGUGCGUAGCACCUUUGACAUUGCUGCUCUUCGCCAACCUGCUGUCGGAGACGAUGGAGCAGAUGCAGUGUUCGGUCCAUUUGAGAGACGAGGCGUUGGUGCAGCUCGGCAUGCUCAAGGUGCUUGUGCCCAAGAAAGCUGCUGAUGAGAUCUUGGAGAUCCGCUCCCACCUCGAAAAGCUCGUAGGGACGGGUGUCCGUGGUGUCCCUGCGGAAGUCUUGGAUGCCUUGAUGGAAGUGCUCAGGCAGCCGAUGGACAUGGUACCAUGA